AUGGCCAAGAGAGUUAGACGGAAGCGAGGUUCUGCAGUCGCAAAGACGACAGCAAAAAGAAAAGAAGAAACACUCACCCCCGUCAUCAUGGAUGGUCCACCAGCUGUUCAGUACCAGAGCAAAAUUCCCUUUGAUUUUAAUUACUACGGAGACUUCUACUUCACCUCCAGGACUGAUCACACAAUGAUGUUUGUAGCUAGACGCGAAGCCAAAAUUGGAAGGGCAUCAGACAGCGUUGGUAGAAGAGAUCACAAGAUUGUUAGCUAUCAGAGGUAUAAUAUUCUUGAUCUUGAAGUGUACAUUGCUUAUUUGAUUUGUAGACCAGGUCCGUUUAGAUUCAUGGACUUGCCUAUCGAAGUUCGAACAAUCAUAUUUCAAUUGAUCGCAUCUGUUAUUCUUUAUUUCGACCCCAAAUCAAAAACUUAUAUCAAUUCGAUCGCUAUUGGAGGUUCAAAUUGGAAAUUUGAGUACAAAAAAACUUACGGAAUGGGUUUUGCGAAGUGGCUGGAGAAUAUGUGUGACUUCAGGCGCAGUUUCUUGCCCAAGAAAGAAAGGAAACAACAUUCAAAAUUUAUUAAAGAAGCAAAUGAAUUUGUAUACAUCCAUCACAACCACCCAAACAGAAAUGGAUAUUAUAUGGAGAACUUCAACAUAAAUCAUGCCACAAUGCCCGACUCGGAUUUUCUUGACUGGGCAGACCUAAAGUGGAUUCGAAUGUUAGCCAAUGUUAGUACGCAAUUCAGGUUGGAGCUUGGCUCUGUGAUCUGGGAAAGAUCUCGAAUAUACUGCAAUGGCGACAAAGAUGAUUUAGCUUUAGAUCAACUCCUGACAGCAUGCCCAGGCAUAGCGAAAGGGCUUAAAGAGCUUGUGAUUGAGGUCGCAUAUCUGCAAUUUUCAAAUUGGGAAAAGAGCAGCGAUGAGUCGAUGCGGAGUGUCAACGAAAUUUUUAGUGAUUUCGUACAUCUGAUAUCUCAAAAACUGAACUUGGAGUAUUUGACGAUAUGGCUUGUCGGUACAAAGAGCGCCCUUGUCAAACUCACCGAGGGAGAAGGUCCGAUGAAGAUCUUGACCAACAUCAGAGAUCUAAAGGUGACUAAGGGGUUUCGAAUUCAGAUGAGUGCGUGCUUUGAGAUUAGUGACAAUGGCAGCCGAUCGAGUCCUGACCCUGAAUUCAAUAUCAAAUGGGAGCCAAAGGUCACAGCGGCACUCCUACCCGAUGUUUUGCGUCCUCAAACACCGAAAACAGACCGAAAUCGUUACCUUGAGUCUCGAGCCAAAGAACAAGAGAUCGGCGCUAUCGAUUAG